GCUCAAACACAAUGUCCAUAUUUAGCUCAAACACGUCUUAGCUCUCUCAUUUCUACUUCCAGAGCCCGGUCCAGAAACUAAACCGGUCGAGAAUUUAAUCCGGUUUAUAAGCCUUCUAUUGAACCGGCCGCGUGGUAAUGACGUCCGGCACUCGGCUACCGACAUGGAAGGAGAGAGAGAACAACAAGCGGAGAGAGCGGCGGCGGAGGGCGAUCGCCGCCAAGAUCUUCGCCGGAUUGAGGAUGUACGGUAAUUAUAAGCUCCCUAAGCACUGUGAUAAUAACGAGGUAUUGAAAGCUCUUUGUAAAGAAGCUGGUUGGAUCGUUGAAGAUGAUGGAACCACUUACCGAAAGGAUGAUUCUUUCAAUCUAUGGCAUGUUUUGACUUUGUUUUUGAAGAGUUAAAUUGGUUGGUCAAUGGUGUUGUGGAAGUUGGCUACUUACAAAUAGCAAGAUGUGCACAACCUAAAUGGUUGCAAGCCAGUACACCACAUGGAUGUUAUUGGUGGUUCGGCAUCAGUAAGCCCUUGUUCGUCUUACCAACUGAGCCCUGGUGCUUCGUAUAACCCAAGUCCCGCUUCAUCAUCUAUCCCCAGCCCGGUCUCAUCCCAUUAUAUUGCCAAUGUCCAAAAUAAUUCUGAUCCCAACUCGCUCAUUCCUUGGCUUAAGAACCUAUCAUCUGGCUCAUCACCUUCCUCAUCUAACUUUCCCCACCAUCUGUGCAUUCCUGGAGAUUCUAUAAGUGCUCCUGUGACACCACCUUCGAGCUCUCCCACUGCCCGUACUCCUAGAAUGAAUGAUAAUUGGGAAAAUCCCACGGCCAAUUCAACAUGGAUACAACAUCAUUAUCCCUUCUUGCCCUUCUCAACCCCUCCUAGUCCUGGUGGUCGCCAAACCCCACCAGAUUCAGGAUGGCUUUCUGGCGUUCAAACUCCACAGGAUGGGCCUUCAUCUCCCACAUUCAGCCUUGUCUCAUCAAAUCCAUUUGGAUUUAAGGAGCCACUAUCAAAUGGAGGGUCUCGAAUGUGGACACCUGGGCAAAGUGGGACAUGUUCACCUGCAGUUGGAGCUGGUAUGGACCAAACAGCUGAUAUACCAAUGUCGGAUGUUAUCUCAGCAGAGUUCGCAUUUGGCAGCAACGUGAAGGGAGUAGUAAAGCCAUGGGAAGGAGAAAGAAUUCACGAAGAGUGUGUCAGUGAUGAUCUUGAGCUUACACUUGGGAACUCCAGCACUAGAUAGCAAGUGCGAGUAGAAAGUGAAAAUCUAUGCUUAUAUGAUCAUUGCAAAGUUUGGAAGCUUUUAACUUCAUGUAUUGGUCAUUUCUCCUGAAUGUGAAGAUACUCUGGUUCAGGGAAAACCAGAAAGUCACAAAUACUGAGUAGGAACAGCAGUUAAUUUUCCUUCUCUUGUUUUCUUCAAGAGGAGAUAGCUCAUGUGAAGUCUUUUUUUUUUCUUUUUUUUUUUGUCCAUUGGGGGAACGUUAUCGUAUUUUCUCUAAUAUUCUCCCCUGUUCUUCUGAUUCUUUUCACUUUCAGUGUUGAAUUUGUUUGUAGUUACCCUGUUGUAAUUGUUCACUCGAUAUAGUAAGUAGCUAGAGUUGACUAACAAGAAUCUGUCUUUCUGUACCUUUUAUUCAUUUGUUUUUUCCUUAUAAACUUCAUUUAUAAACAGAGUGAUUUUGUUGUA